UCCCUGCCUCUUUGCACCCCUCUAUUUUCUGCGUUUCGCUCGGGUUUUGUAGCCGUCUGCUUUUGCACCCCUUUUCGUUUUGCUUCUAGGCGGUUUUGGGGGUGAAGCUGCAUUCACACCCCUUCCCCUUGUUAUCCUUCCCCUGCUCUGCCAGGCCCCCUUUUCAUCGCUGUCUGGGGGCCUAGGAUCGGUGCAUCUUCCGCCACGUUGCCAGCACCCCGCAGCGCGUGGCCGUACACCCCGGAAUUUGCAGCAGCUGCAUAUCUUAGCGGGGUCGCGUUAGCCCCCGCCGCCUUUGCUCGGGGCGCUCUCGGGUGCGUGGAGGGCUACAGCGCGCGGCGCCCCCGCUUCUCCGUAGCCCCCGGCCCCGGGCGGGGACUCGCCCCGCGCCGCGGAGAUGGUCAUCCAGAAAGAGAAGAAGAGCUGCGGGCAGGUGGUUGAGGAGUGGAAGGAGUUCGUAUGGAACCCGAGGACCCACCAGUUCAUGGGCCGCACCGGGACCAGCUGGGCCUUUAUCCUCCUCUUCUACCUCGUCUUCUAUGGCUUCCUCACCGCCAUGUUCACCCUCACCAUGUGGGUGAUGCUGCAGACUGUCUCUGACCAUACCCCCAAGUACCAGGACCGGCUGGCCACACCGGGCUUGAUGAUUCGCCCCAAGACUGAGAACCUUGAUGUCAUUGUCAACGUCAGCGACACUGAAAGCUGGGACCAGCAUGUUCAGAAGCUCAACAAGUUCUUGGAGCCUUACAAUGACUCUAUUCAAGCCCAAAAGAAUGAUGUCUGUCGCCCUGGGCGUUAUUAUGAACAGCCAGAUAACGGAGUCCUCAACUACCCGAAACGUGCCUGCCAGUUCAACCGGACCCAGCUGGGCGACUGCUCCGGCAUCGGAGACCCCACCCACUAUGGUUACAGCACCGGGCAGCCCUGUGUCUUCAUCAAGAUGAACCGGGUCAUCAACUUCUAUGCCGGAGCAAACCAGAGCAUGAAUGUUACCUGUGUUGGGAAGCGAGAUGAAGAUGCUGAGAAUCUUGGCAACUUUGUCAUGUUCCCUGCCAAUGGCAACAUUGACCUCAUGUACUUCCCCUACUAUGGCAAAAAGUUCCACGUGAACUACACGCAGCCCCUGGUGGCCGUGAAGUUCCUGAAUGUGACCCCCAACGUGGAGGUAAACGUGGAAUGCCGCAUCAACGCCGCCAACAUCGCCACAGACGAUGAGCGAGACAAGUUCGCCGGCCGCGUGGCCUUCAAACUGCGCAUCAACAAAACCUGAGGCCCCUUCUUCCCGCCCCCAUCUCUCUCCUGUGGAUGCUUCUGGAAUGUCCCUGACCCUGCCUGAUCCCUCCCUCACCCACCCCAAAGGUAUUUUUUAUAACAGAGCUAUGACUUAUCUGAGCCUCACACCCUUUCCCUCGACUUCUCAGCACAGCCUGAUGUCCACUGUGAGUCCCUGACCACACACAGUUCCCACCAUCUUCUCCCAACCUUAGCUCGGUCGGAGACAGGGAGCUGGGCUGCCGAGAUGGCCACAGAGGAGCGGGAGCCUUUCUAGUUCUGGUUUAGCUGUGAGAGCUACUCACCUCUCCUGCCCUCCUAUCUGGAGAGCUAUAGAAAAUGCCCACUGACCUACACACACCUCCACCCGCGCCCCCAGGUUCACCCCUUUGCUUCCCAGAGAUGAAGGCGGUACUCCCUCCUGCCAGUUCUAAGCUUCCUCUCUCGUCUACACCGUUGCUAUCUUGGUAACUUUGACCUACCUGGCUCCUCUGGCAAGGCUUCCCCCCUCUUCUCCAUCCCUAUUCCUGCCUCUGAAAGGCAGCCAUUUGUAUUUGAGGACAAGGUGGUUCUGUGGCCUUUUCCCUCUUUCCUGGCACAUCCUGCUUCUCAUCCUGUGGUGAUUUCGUGAGCUGGGAAGUGAAAGACUAGAAGAGAAGCCCCUGUUGGCCCUUGAGAAUUCUCUAGCAGCCCCCGACUCCCAUUUCUUUCUGGUUCCUCCUAUCACCCAAAUAGCCACUGCCCAGGAGGGCGGGGCUGACCUAGGCUGAAUAUCCACUUUGUUUUUGCCGAUGGCUCCCUUCCCCCAUUGGCCUUCCCAGAAUAUCCUUCAAGUUCCACUUCCCAGGGAGCCCUGGGGGAGGGGCAGCCAUUUUGGCUGCAUCCCCAGCGGCCACCUUGGAAACAUCAGCUGGCUAUGGGACUAUUCCACCUCCUUCCCCUGAGCCCAGAUCUGCCCCCACCAUCCUCUCUCUGGCUUCUCUUAGCAAGUUAUCAACUUAUCACUAACUCCUUCCCUCUCCUCCGCAUGCCAUCCUGAAAGUUCCAAAUACCCCCCUCAAUCUAGGCUCUGAAUUUCUUGGCUCCAUCUCCUUCAGACCCCUUUGCCUUUUUAAAAAAAAAAC